UCUAUUGAACUUAUUCAACAAGUUUUCAUAGAAAAGACUUUUAAGAUACGGCCAACGAACCGGCACAGAUUACGAUUUGGCGCGUUCUUCGAUCACCGCCAAUGAAGUUGGCACGCGCGAUUUACCCAGAUUGCAUCUUGAAGUUGACCCCGAGUCUCCAAGUCCAAGAUGGCUACUAUGACAGAUUCGUUGGGCUGUCAAUCGAGUUUGGGAUACGCCUAAAUUUUUCGAUCCUAACAUCUCGUUUUUUAAACAUUAUCUUACGAUGAUGCUCAUAAGUUUGUUCGUUACUGUGAAGACUAUAGAAUGCUCGAUAGAUGAAUGAUUACCUCGGACAGGUAUCUCGUCCUAAUUAUACAUAUAAUAUUGUAAGACAUAAUAUAUUCAUGAACUAUAAACUUUAAAAGAAAGAUGGAGGCGAUUGUAGAAUAUAAUUAUUUAGCUAGGGAACCUGAUGAAUUAACUCUGAGAAAAGGAGACAUAAUAAAAGAAAUUAAAGUGAUGUUGGGUGGUUGGUGGGAAGGUACUUUAAGAGAUAAGCGUGGCAUGUUCCCUGAUAAUUUUGUUAAGGUGUUGGAUCCAUCUCCAACAAGUGGUGCGAGCACAACUGAAACCGUUAGUAGUACAAAACCGGAAGAAGUCACUUUGCGUAAUGGGGGAUCUGGAAGGAGGUGGUGUAAAGUUCUAUACAGUUAUGAACCUUGUAAUGAAGAUGAAUUAACUCUUGUACCUCAAGAUUCCAUAGAAUUCUUGGGCGAAGUAGAGGAAGGAUGGUGGAGAGGUAGACUUAGAGGGAGAGUCGGUGUCUUCCCUUCGAAUUUUGUUCAUUUAAGUUAUGAAGAAGAAGAUAAACACAAGAAAGAUAAAAAGGAAUAUUGUAGAGUUCUCUAUGCAUAUGAGGCAGCUAAUGAGGAUGAAUUAACUUUGGUAGAAGGAGAAAUCAUUGCAAUACUUUCUAGAGAUGCGCCAGAUAAAGGUUGGUGGAAAGGAGAAUUGAGAGGACAAAUUGGCUUAUUUCCUGAUAAUUUUGUUGAGGUUAUUGGGACAAAAAAUGAUCAUCAAGAGCAAGAACAAUGGCACGAAACCAGUCAGCUAACUAGUAAAUCUGUUGCAAAGCAUGCUCAUCAACUAAAGAAAAGUGAGAAAGCACAUGCUAGAAAAAGUUUAGAUCCAAAAAAUAUACAUACAGAUCAUUUUAGUACCAUGGAAACUACUAAAAAAAUGAUAUCAACAUCGUCUACUGUAUCAUCAACAUCACCUUUGUCUAAUAUUGGAGGAGGGGGAGGAAGUAGUGGGGGAGGAAAUGGAGAAAAGAAAACAAUGGGCAAUCAUUCACUCAUUUCUAAUUUGAAACAUUUUGUGAGUGAUACUGGAACUAAUAAUAGCAAUGGAAAUCCAAGCAUUGCACUUGGAGAAGAAUUAGAUGGAGUAGAAAGAGGUGAAGGAGCACCACUUUCGCACUUAACAGCUUCACGUGCAAAAGCACCCCGUCGUCGUUUACCUUCUUCUCAACAUUUACGACAUCAUGCUACCACAACAACGAUCAUCUUACAUAAUACAACGAUAACGGAAGAUAAUUUAUCAAACGGUAACACUGAAGAAACAUUAGAAUCAUUAAGGGAAGAUGACAAUGAAAAACUUUCAGCAAAAACAAGAAAGAAGGCACCUUGGGUAGAAGAAUUAAAAAUGAAUCAAUCGGAAAGGAGAAAAGUCGGAUCAGUUGAUCGUGUUGACAAGCCGGAAGUUAAGAAAGAAAAAACUUUUUCACGGUUAUCUUCUAAUACUGUCGAUACUGUUGUCAAACAAGAAACAGAAUGUGAAGAUAAACAAAAAGAAAAAGAAAAAAAGUUAGAUACAACAGACCAUGGGACUGUAACUACACCUGGGACUUUGUCCUUUGUUCCAUAUCAUCUUUAUAGUCAACUGCUAGAAAGGGUUGCCAUGCUGGAAGAAAAACAGGCACUAUUGCAGCAAACUGUACAACAACUCUCCGAACAGCUUGUACCACUUAUGACAAAUGCCUCUAUUAAUAACAAAGUUUAAAACAUUUUAAUAUGUGAAAAUUGAUGCGUAUUUCCUGAAACGUAUUUUUAUAACUUUGUUGUUUGUCAUCAUGUUGCAAAUAACGAAGUACUAAUACUACUAAUAGCAUAAUUAUUACUAGUACUAUUAUCAUGGUUGUUAUAUAUUUAUUGAUUUUGGUGGUGUCAUUUUUUUGUUUGCUCCACCAAUGCAGUAACAGUAUUUGCCUAUUCUGGCCAUAAACGCAACAUUCCAUCUAAGAUUUUUUAAUCAUAAAUAUUCUCUGUUUUUUUUCUUUGCAUGAUUUUGAUAUUUUGUGAUCUCACGAUAUCAGCCAGAUUUUUUCUUUUUUUUAUUAUUUCGAUAUUUUUUUUUUUUUUUUUUUUUUUUUAAUUGUGAUGUUUUAUAUAUUAGUGACAUAUUUUCGCAGACAAAAACUUUUAUUGUUAUAAAAAAAAAUACCAAAAAUUGCCUCAUUAUAGCAAUCAAAGUUUUAUCUAUUGAAAAAGAAAAGCUUAAGUACUUAAACCAACAGUUUAAUUGAAUACAAUGUGAUUUUUGUCGAUUUAAUAGAUGCCUCGCAAUAUUCAUAUAACGAUAAUAAUUCAUAGUAAGUUUAUUCAUUCGUGAGUGCCAAUACACCCUACUCUGUUCACUGCAUUUGUGAGGUGCCUCCAUUCAUUGAAAUACAAAGCACUUAUCUGGAAACUCAUAACCAUAUUUAUAAAUACAAGUUGUGACUAGCUUGUUGAUACAUUAAGUCCAAAAAUUGAAUGUGUCAUUUUUUAAGUAUUGCUUUUCAAAUGGUGCUAAUAAAGUAAGUGAUAUACAAAUAUAUCACGAAUUUGUAGUAUACACAUAUGAAUGAGGUAGUAAACAAUGAGAAAAAGAAUCUAUCACACAGGCAUGAAUUGAAACAUAUAAAACACUUAUAGUAAAACAAAUAAAAAAGCUAUGUUUGGCAUUAUUAUGAAAUCGUUGAACAUUUGACAAAUUUUUUAUUUUCCUAAAAGAGCAAAAUUUUAAGUAAAUAUAUAACAUGAACACGAACUAGAUACGAUAUUUAAUUUUUUAUAUAAAUAUUUGUUAAAAUCUAACUACUGAUUCGGGCAAAGCAUACUAACAUUAUUCAUUUCCGCAAUGAGAAAAUUUUCGGACAUAUUUUAUUUAUGUGUGAAUGCAUAAGAAACAUAUAUAAUAUACAAUAACGCAAUAUCUGAAAUUUUUAUUAAAAAUUUAGUAUAAAAAUUCUAGUCUGAUAAAUCAAAUUUUCUUGGAUUAUAUCCUGCAAAUAUCAGAAUACAUAAAAUCAAUAUUCGUGAUCAUAAAUGUGACUGUUAAUGUAAAAUAUACAUUAUAUAUGAAAUAUAAAUAUUGUGACGCAUAAACUUUCUUUUACACUUAAUGCGCACAGAGUUAAUUUAUAUAAUGAUCAAAAUUUGUCUAUAAGCAACAAAUAAUUGCUCGUACUAUUUUCUAUAUAUUAAAAAAAUUACUUUUGGUAAUACCAAAGUCUUUUGGGUUUAGGGCUAUUCAUCUUGUUCAUAUUAAUAUUAUAUUUAAACUUUUGCUUCAUUUUACAUAACAUUGCCUAAUGCUGCAUGAAAAUUUUUAAAGCAUUCCAAAAAGUUUAUAUAUUUCUAAACAAAGAUAUGUAGAAUAGUUAUAUAAAUACAUUCCUUAUUCAAGCAAUAAAUAAAAUAUCUACUAAAUAAGGAGGUAUCGUUCUAGUUAAAAAAAAAAAUGUGUUCAUCUAAUUACACAUGCAUUAUUAUAGGGUUGUGAAAAAUUUGGAGCACACUUGAAAUACGAUGUAUUUUUUUCUAUGCGAAUCAUCCCGAAUUAUGAUAAUGCAAUGUGUAAGCUUAUUGCUUUUCAUUAAUGAAUGAAACAUGGUAAAAAUAUAACAUGUGUGCAAACAAAUUUUUUCAAUAACAAGCUUAUAAACUUCUCUUUAUUAUAAUCUAUUUUAAUGCGUAUUUAAUCACUAUGAUUACACACUCUGUACCACAUAUUAGAAAUGGCAAAAAAAUAUAUUGCCUCUGUAAAAUAUAUUGUAGGAACAUAUCAAUAACUUAUUACAGAUAUACAAUUUUGCCAUGUAAAAUAGAUUUAAAGAGAAAACUUAAAAAAAAAAAAAAACCUAUAGAAAAAAGUAAUUUGAAUUAUAUUGUAGACAGAAUCAUAAAGCCGUAAACCCAACAAGACAAUUGUUAUUGAAAUGAAUCCUAUUUGGAAAAGAUAUAGUACUAGUACUUUAUCAUCCUACUUUGUGCUAACUAUAUAAGUGUACAAUAGUGAUUAAUAUUUUUACUAAGUCUUCUUAACAAGCAUGUAAUGCUGACCAUGCUUAUAAAAGAUAUCUAACACUUUAAAACACAUCAUUUAUUAGAAAACAACAAAAUAUGUGUAUAUCGCACCAUAAACAAAUCGUUUUAUACUUUUAUAUUUCACUGCAUAAUAAUCAAGUCAAGUGAUUUUUUUAUAUAGCUUUAUACAAGAAAAUGUCAUUUCUCUAAGAUCAUUAUUUCUGCUAACAGCUUCAUCACUUUUGCUUAUUCUUGUAGAUUUAUCACAGGACAAUAAUAGUUUUAAGCAAAAUUGGAAAAGUUCUUAUAUUUUUUUUUAGCACUAUUUAUUAUAUUUUCUGCAUGAAUAUUUAAUAAAAAUUUAUUUCUUAGAGUCAAAUAUAUUGCAAAAUUAAAUAAUUGAAAAUUAGCAGAUAAAUUUUCACCAUACUUUUGCUUUCUGCAGGAUAAUUUAUGCACAAACUUUAAACAUUGAUUAUUACUCAAAUGGAUAAACUACUCUUGUACUUGUGUAUCAUAAACUAUAUGGUCCAUUCACUUCAUCACCCUAAAAUAAUAUAAUGAAGUUAUUAUGUGCCAUAAUCGUUUUUGUUUUUCUGAAUAUAUAUUUAUAUAUAUAUAUAUAUAUAUAUAUCAUUUUGUUUAUCUAGUUACAUUUCUUAUCGAUAUAUUUCAUUUUUAAACGAACUUAUUUGGCACAAAAUAUUGUAUAAUUCAUUUGUAGACAGCAUGAAAACGCUCAAUUUUCAAAUGCAUUAGUUUAUACUUGCCUAUAAUACUAUAAAGGUAAUUUUUACAUAAGAAUGGACCAAUACUUUUCGCGUAUUAAUGAAUUAUUUAUAUGAAGCACAUCAACAAAUAACUAAAAAAAUCCUGUUUAUAUAAAUCUUUGUACAAUCUUUAUAACAAAGCUUUGAUUAUUUCUGUAUGAUAUACUUUUACUAGAUACUUUUAAACUUAUUUUUGCACAUAAAUAUUAAUAUUUUAAAUUUGCAAAUAUAUUGUAUACGUUAUUUUAUCUA